AUUCUCGGGCACAUGGGUCCUCACAUGGUCUGCCUGCGGAUGCUGAUGCUGCGGCUGUGAUGCUGCUGCCUGCAUGCCAGCACUCCCAUCAUCCAUUCACAUCAUCCACAACGGGAGAGAACCCACCGCAGUCUCAAUGGGGGACAUGAACAUGAAUUAAUACCUUCAUUGAGCUCUUGACUUUGUUUUGCUCGGGAUGCAUAAGCCUCGUGGAGAUCGGAUGUGAGGGCGGACCGAUGAAACAGAAACACCCUGCGCAGCUCUGUGCCAGAUGGACUUUCUAAAUCCGCAAACUGCAGUUAUACCCAAGUAAAAUGGAGGACAGUUUCGAUUGCGACUGUGGCGAGCUUGAGCCACCUGAUCAUUGAGGGUGAAAAUUUACUUUGAAGACUUAUAGGCCAGACUCAUUUCAGUUUUAUAGAUCAGGUGACUUGACGGGAAAUGUACAGUUAGAAAAAUAAACAAUUAAGAAGAAAGAAAAACAAAUCAUAUGAAGCUGCUCAGGACCAGUCAUACACUGAAUGUAUCUGCACUGUAAGGAUGCAACUACGUGCUUUUUAUAAUUUAAUAUAGUCUCAGUGUUUUUUAAUUGGCCUGAAAGUCCAUUCCAUUGCAUACUAUAAACCCAAGUUUACUAAAAAAACGUUCCCCUAAAGAUAUCCACACAUCCAGAUAUACAGGAGCAUUUCACCUUUUAUAUUAACUCUCCUUAUCCAAUAUGGAUCAAACCUCUCAACACACAUUAGUGCCCCAAAUCUGCCAGUGACAGCUAGACGGGGGACUCAGUAGUCGUCUAUAUAGGGGUCAGUUAGCUCAGCCGCUAAAGCAGUGGGGUAAUACUCAGAUAAAUUCCUUAGCAGAGUUAGCAGUAGCCUGGAGUAAAAGCUGAAAACGGUCGCCAUGGCAGAGAAGUUUGAGUCCCUGAUGAACAUCCACGGUUUCGACCUGGGUUCUCGCUACAUGGACUUAAAGCCCCUGGGCUAUGGGGGGAACGGCUUGGUGUUCUCAGCAGUUGAUACAGACUGUGACAAGCGUGUUGCCGUGAAGAAAAUUAUCUUGACGGACCCCCAGAGUGUGAAGCAUGCCCUGCGGGAAAUCAAGAUCAUCAGGCGCCUGGACCACGACAACAUUGUGAAGGUGUUUGAAACGUUGGGCCCCAAUGGCCGCAGGCUAACGGAGGACGUGGUGUCCCUGACAGAGGUCAACUCUGUCUACAUCGUGCAGGAGUACAUGGAGACGGACCUGUGUCAGCUGCUGGAGAGGGGCCUUCUGUCCGAGGGCCAUGCAAGGCUCUUUAUGUACCAGCUCCUCAGGGGCCUAAAGUACAUCCACUCUGCCAACGUGCUGCACCGCGACCUCAAGCCUGCCAACCUGUUUGUGAAUACAGAGGACCUGGUGCUGAAGAUCGGGGACUUUGGGCUGGCGCGUAUCAUGGACCCACACUACUCUCACAAGGGCCAUCUCUCUGAAGGUCUGGUCACCAAGUGGUACAGGUCUCCCCGCCUGCUGCUCUCUCCUAACAACUACACCAAAGCCAUCGACAUGUGGGCCGCAGGCUGCAUCUUUGCUGAGAUGCUCACGGGGAAAACCCUCUUUGCAGGGGCCCAUGAGCUGGAGCAGAUGCAGCUGAUCCUGGAGUCCAUCCCCGUACUGCGAGAGGAAGACCGGCAGGAGCUCCACAGCGUGAUCCCUGUGUUUAUCCGCAGCGACAUGUCCAAGCCUCACAACCCCCUGGCCAAGCUGCUGCCUGAUGUUAGCCCCCAGGCCCUGGAUUUCCUGGAGAAGAUCCUGACCUUUAACCCCAUGGAUCGUCUCACUGCGGAGGAGGCCCUGGCCCACCCCUAUAUGGCCGACUACUCCUUCCCCCUAGACGAGCCUGUCUCUCUGCACCCCUUCCACAUCGAGGACGAAGUAGAUGAUAUCCUGCUCAUGGACCAGAGCCACAGCCACACCUGGGAGAGGUAUCAUGAGAGCCAGCUGUCGGAGAAUGACUGGCACUUGCACAGCACCCACGACCCAGAGGAAGUUCAGGUUGACCCAAGGGCUCUCUCCGAUGUAACGGACGAGGAGGAAGUCCAGGUGGAUCCUCGUAAAUAUGCUGAUGGAGAUCGGGAGAAGUUCCUGGAUGAGCCGUCCUACGACUACUCCACUCUGUUCCAGCCGGAGCGAUCCUGGCAGGACGAACACCACGAGAACAAAUACUGUGACCUGCAGUGUAGCCACACCUGUAACUACAAGGCCGUGUCUCCGUCUUACCUGGACAACCUCAUCUGGAGGGACAGUGAAGUCAACCACUACUACGAACCCAAGCUCAUCAUCGACCUCUCCAACUGGAAGGAGCAGCAGAGCAAGGACAAGGCGGACCGCAAGGCCAAGAGCAAGUGCGAGAAGAACGGGCUGGUGAAGGCCCAGAUCGCUCUGCAGGAGGCGGAGAAGACCCAGAGUCCGGCAGAGAAGGACAGCGAGCAGGAGAAACACCAGACGGAGAAGCCUCAGAGCCAGCAGACCCAAGUCUUCGACUUUGACUCCUUCAUCGCCAGCACCAUCAAGCUGAGCCUGCAGCCAGAGCCGUGUCCGGAGGUGGCCCUGCUCAGCGAGGUGGGCCUCCUGAACGAGCUCAACUCCUCCGUCUCCCAGCUGGAGGCGGCACGCUCAGGCUCCAUGUCCAAGUCCAUAAGUCAGGAGAAGGAGGAGAAGUGCCUGGUUAACCUCGCCCAGUUAGGUGGAGGAGGGCUGGGAGUCGUCGGCGGAGACGGCCCCUGGCCUGCUUGCCCCUGGGAGAGCUUCGGCUCGGGGGAGAGAGUCGGGGAGAAUGGCUGUUUGAUAGACGAAGCGUGCUGGGACAUUCACAAAGAGGACCAGCUCCAGAAGGAGAGCAAUUACACCAGCUACCUGGACCGCCUGUUCAGCCGGAAGGAGGAGGGGGCCGCAGACACUGUGGCCAGCUCGGAGACGGAGCCUUCGGAAGUGAGAGAGCUGGACGAGAGCUUCCUCGGCAUGAGCGCGGAGAUCGUGCUGAACGUGCAGCUGGACUCUCUGGCCCUGCCCGGCUUUGACAGCCCCGAUGACUUGCCUCUGAAAUCCAUCCAGGCGUCGCUCAGCCCCUGCGCUGUCAAAUGCUCCCCCCAGAUUGCCCACAAAACGUACAGCAGCAUCUUCAAGCAUCUGAAUUAAAUAUAUAUCUCCUCACAGUGCAACAUCUAGGCAGAUUUGUUUUUAUGUUUUUUGUUUGUUUUUUAAUAAUAUGAUAUAUUAUUGAACUUGAAUCAUUUCAUACUUUUUUUUUUAUCACGGUUACUUUUAAUUUUGUUUGUUUUUUUUAAGAGUUGAACGGGGUGACUUAUUAUAUUUAAAGAGUGUGGCUCAUCACUCUGAGCCUUGACCAGCAGGCCUUCAUGGGUUUGUGUCUGUCCCUCAUUGCUAUACUGGCAUGUCACGCGCACACUAAGUACUGUAAAAGAACGGAGAGCAGGAGAAGGAGCGAGAAGGAGCAAGAAGAUGAGUGGACGGUAGGGGAGGAGCUGAAGAGAUGAGGUCUGUCGGUUGUUAAGGAAGGGAGAUAGGCGCUAACGUUGCUGUGGGCUAUAAGCAGCCUUGCCUGGGACGGGAUACAAAAAGAAGGGGAUGGGAUGUCCUAUUUUAAAUUUUUAAUUUGACAUUUUCCCCUGAAGAAAGCUUCCUUAAUAACCCUUACAUACUGUAAAUCUGACACAUGAUGCCAGCAGAAACCAUUAUCGUAGGCGUUGAUGUAACUGUGUUAUCUACCUCAAGGUAACAGCCGCGAGAGACACUCGAAGCCGCACUAGUGCUUUACACACACAUGACCAUCCUGGUCGCGUAGAUGAAAUCUGUCUCACUUUAGCAUUUAACAUAGUGAGGUGUUUCAGUAAUCAUUAUUUAUUUCUAGCAGAUGUGCGAUAUUUAUUUUAUCAAAAUGUGUUAUUUCAAUGUGAUUAUUGAAGAUCGAGGAGUUGGACGGACUUCCAUUUUCAUUUCGGCACUAUAUGGACGUGGAAGUGUCCCUUUGUUUUAUGGUAGGAUGCAAAUUCAUUGUUUGUUCGAAAAGAAGUCGAGGCUUUCCAUUUUCCACCAAUAUUGUCCAAAUGGAUAUCAUUCUUUUGUUUUUUAAUUUAUAGGUGCAUUUUGUCUUUAAUGGAAAAACUGCUUUAUGGUUAAAGAAGCGCCUAAAAGUCUUAAUUUUUUAUCUAAAUGUAAUGUUUAAAAAAAUGCGUGCAUGGAGGCAAGAGAAAGGUACAUCCAAGUAAAGUUAAUGGUGAGUAUAAUGUACGUCAGUUUUAAUUGUACGUUUUUUGUUCAAUUUCUAUGUACUUUUUCCAGGCAAGCAUGAUGAAUUAGGUUAAGGUGUAGCAUGUAGAACACUUAUGGACUUUCUUUUGUAAUCAUUGGUUCCCCUGUUCUACAAAAUAUCUCAAAAUAAAAUUACUGGCAAAGAG